GCUUCGCUAGUUUCGUCUUUCGUUUUGUUGAAUGGUUGUUUCUUGUUUAGUUGUUUAUUUUGAUUUAGAUUUCUGGUUUUGCUUUGUCUGAAACGCAAAUUGUUUAUGAAUUUAUGUUCGUAAUUUGAACGCGAAAAAGUAUUAAUUUUGCAAGUCUUUCAUUUCGGUGGUGCGAUCAAUUCUCGCGAAGUAAUAUUUCAAAGUAAUUGGACCUCCCAAAUAACCUUUAUAUUUUUAUUGAUAUUUGUGAUGCGCGGAAAAAUAUCUAUGUUGAGCCUAAUUUCGUUCCUAGAUUUUUCAAGUAGUUUCAGUUUUACGAUGCAUAAGGUUUUUUCACAUCAAAGUAUAAUGUAUCCGAGUGGCAAUAAUAUUGGUUUACGAAUAGCGGAAAUACAAUCACGAAACUGUUAAGUGUUAAGUAAAAAGUUCCUUUUUUAUCGUACAUCACAAUGAAGCUCUUAGAAAGUCCGGAAUUCGAAGCAUUAAAUACAUCCCUCUGUUUGGAUUGCGGUGAAAACAAAAUCAUGGGAAGAAUUGAAGGUUAUUCGUGCAAAAUGAUUGGAAAUGAAAAACAAAUGUAUAAGAAGUUCAAUUCCGAACAAGGAACGACGCCUCAUGAUUUGCAAGCUUUGUCCCCUUCGCAGCUAUAUAGCUUUUCUCCUGGCCAGUGUAACUACAUCAGUCAUAGUGUUUCUGGAGAUGAAGAGAAUCCAUUAUGUGAUACAAUCAGUCGCAAAACAUUAUUCUACCUCAUUGCUACGUUGAAUGCGUCAUUCCCAGACUACGAUUUCUCUCACGCUAAAAGCCACGAAUUCAGCAAAGAGCCCAGCUUGGAGUGGGUGAUGAAUUCUAUAGACAGUAAUUUAAGCACAGCUGCUGGAGAGCUUUAUAGAGCUGUAAGAGCAAAGCUAUGGUCCGCUAUUGAAAAUAUGAUUCAUUUGUUGAAUUGCGAGAUAUACAGCUAUAAUCCGGAUUUAACGUCUGAUCCGUUCAGUGAAGAUGGUACUUUAUGGUCGUUCAAUUACUUUUUUUAUAACAAGAAACUGAAGAGAAUCGUCUUCUUCACUUGUCGCGCUAUCAACCCGAUGCACGUCUUGGAUUCGGGUAUUGGCAGUGAUUUUACCAUGGAUGAUGAAGAAUUAUCCAACGAUUGGCAAGAUGUGGAAAAUUAAAUGAAAUGCUUUACCCCAAAUUCCAUGUAAAUUAUGUUAUAAAUCCGGUGAAUUAAAUUCAAACAUAUUAUCACACUAUCAUAUCUUGCAUAAUUCUGCUAAAAUGUAAUCAAAUCACACCAUUAGUGUUGAUGCUGCCAGUAAAUAUUCCAGUAUUGUCUGACUCAUUUUGAGUGAAUGAUUGAAGUAAACUGACCAAAGAUAUUAGUUUAUGAAAUGAUUAAAAUACCUUUUAAAAAAGUUUACUAAAUUUACUUAGUUGUAAUGUAUUAUGUAUAACCAAUCUCCUUCAAAAAUUUAUCAUUACACUAAAAAGUACUGCAUAUUACUAUUAUUUUUGGUUCGUUUUCUUUUCAAACAAACUUAUGAAUAUACUGACCAAAAUAUCAAAUUUACUACGUUCUAUAUUUUCUUAUUGUAAUUUGAAGUUAUUUGUAUGUUUUAACUUUUUGUUCGCAUGCACUCUUAGAGUAUUUUUUUGUGUUAGGGUUUUGGUUUUGUCUCUUUUCAACUUGUUCUUUUCUGUUAACAUUUAACGUGAUUUUUUGAAAGAUGAACCUAUCUUGAUGGAGAAUCCUUUUGUGUAUAUUUUGCUUUAUUUUCUCAUUUUGGUAGUUGGCUAAAAUGUAUUUUAUCUUAUUUUGUUAAGAAUUUUCAUUUUAUAAUUUUACGGUAUUAUAAAAAUAAUGUAACAUUUUCAAAUUUUAAAGUCACUAGUAUAUGUAUGUAAUAUGUAUAGUGAAUUAGUACAUAUGAAUUAUCGGAGGUUUUAGAUUUAUUCAGUUUCUCAGUCCUAUAAUGUUAUUUCAAAUUCUUUCCGAUCUCAUUUUGCUUUAAGGAUUUCCUUAAUUUUUUUUGUGUGUAUUAUUGAAUGAAGAAUUUUGUAAAUAUGACUUUUUAUUUCGCUUGCGCAUAACUUUUUGCUUUCGCUGUUUUUAACAUAAUGUGUAGAUUAAUAUUAAAUUUCUUUUUAUGUUUCAA